CAGUCCCGGUGCCGGUCCCGUCCUCGUCCUGUUGCCGUCGCGGGCGGCCGCCGAUGCUGCGGUGGCUGAUCGGGGGCGGCCGGGAGCCGCAGGGCCUGGCAGAGAAAUCAUCUGUGCAGACCAUUGGUGAAGAACAAAUACAGAAUCCUUACACGGAGCUUCUUGUAUUGAAAGGUCAUCAAGAUAUAGUACGAUUUCUAGUGCAAAUAGAUGACUACAGGUUUGCUUCUGCAGGAGAUGAUGGAAUUGUAUAUCUGUGGAACGCACAGACUGGAGAGAAACUUUUUGAACUACAUGGGCAUACACACAAAAUUACAGCUAUUGCACCAUUUUUUUCAUCAGAUGCUUUUGGAGAAAAUGAACAAUUGAUGUUAACAGCAUCAGCUGACAGAACAGUUAUUGCUUGGGACUGCAGUAGUGGCAAACAGAUUCAGAAAGUGUCGUGUUUCCAUUCUACUGUAAAGUGUUUGACAGUUCUUCCAAGACUGGAUGUAUGGCUGUCUGCAGGGAGUGAUCUGUGUGUUUGGAACCGAAAAUUAGAUCUCUUGUGUAAGACCAGUCAUCUUACUGAUGCAGGUAUCAGUGCUUUGCUUGAAUUGCCUAAAAACUGUGUUGCAGCAGCUGCUGGCAAAGAGCUAAUAAUUUUCAGGCUCAUCGAUAGACCUGAAGGUUGGAAUGUCCUCGAAGUCAAACGCCUCGAUGACCAUCAGGAUAACAUCUUGUCGUUGGUCAGUGUCAAUGAUUUGACUUUUGUGACGGGUUCUCAUGUGGGUGAAUUAAUAGUCUGGGAUGCCCUGGAUUGGACAAAGCAAGCAGCCGAGUGCAACUUUUGGGACUCCUCUCUCCACACCGAUGCACAGCCAGAAAUAAAGUUAUCCCAAAGCCCAAAUGAAACUUCAGUUCAACACUUAACAUCUGAUGAGGAGUGUGUGUUUGCUGCUGUUGGGAAAGGCAUAUUCGUAUAUAAUCUUCAAAUGAAGCGUGUGAUUGCCUGCCAGAAAACUGCUCAUGACUCCUCUGUGCUGCACAUCGCCAAACUGCCAAACAGGCAGCUCAUGUCCUGCUCGGAGGACGGCAGCGUUCGCAUUUGGGAGCUCCGGGAAAAGCCGCAGCUGCCGGCGGAGCCGGUUCCAACAGGUUUUUUCAGCAUGUGGGGUUUUGGAAGGGCCAACAAGCAGGCAAGCCAAGCUGCUAAGAAGACACAGGAGAACACGACUCUGUACUUCUUGGAGCUGGUUGGUGAUCUGAUUGGUCAUUCCUCAGCCGUGCAGAUGUUCCUGUAUUUUGGUGAGCUAGGACUGGCGACGUGCUCUGCUGACCAUCUUGUUAUUUUGUGGAAAGAUGGGGAACGGGAAUCUAGACUCCGCAGUGUAACGUUGUUUCAGAAAUUGGCACAAAAUGGUGGUUCGGAAAUCAAAUUCUAAGUUACUUGAAUACAGGGUAAAUAAACUGGAUCUGCAGGGUAAAUAAACUGGAUCUGCAUUAAAUGUGAGUGUAAAGCAAAGUCUGAACUACUAGAAAAUGGCUAUCAUUAAAGUUUACAUUUAUGUUGUAUGUUAAACUGGUAUUUUUGUUAGUUGCUGCUAUUCUUCUCAAAAGGAGAAAUCUGUAAUUUUUUAAAUUACUUGGCUUUUUCUGUAAAUAGACAUGGUGUUCUCUUAAACCACUGAGGAUAGUAAUGACAAGUAGCUUCUAGUAUUAUUUCUAAUGUUUAAAAACAGUGGAUGAUUAUGGAAAAUCAGAGUUGUUAACUGCCUAAGAUGGAGCAUAACUAAGGAACUUUGGGGGCCUUCCAGGGCUUUGUGCAGAAGGCAGGAAUGGAAGCAAAGCUGAGGCUUCCUGCUUUAUGUAAUUUAUUUCAUAAAGCUAGGUGUUAGUCACCCAGACUUAGUUAGUCUGAGUUAGUUGCUCAGACUUAAAUAUCUACACAAAGAGUCUGUUCUCAGUAAGUUUUAAUGUUGGCAAUGGAAGUUGCUGUCCUCUGCUGAAGGAAACGUGGGCAAUUUCUGGUUGGCAAGUUUUGGUAAAAUGUAGAUACUGGCAGUUUGCAGGAGCUGUAGUUUUGCUGUGGGUUGCUUAUGUAGCACCAUUGCUAGGUCUGGCAUGAAGUGUGAUUGGUUUAGCUUACUCUUUCUAUAGAACAUUCAGCUAAUUAAUUUGUUUUUAAAAGAAAAAAAAAAAAAAGAGAUUGAGUUAAAUUCCCCUCUGCUCUCUAACCAGGAAGGGUAACUCUGCUUUUAGGCUUGAACUCCAGGUAGCUGUAAGACUGACAUAGUUUGAAUUCAAGCCGAUGGCAGCAUUCCUCACGGUCUGUUACGUUAAGCAGGAGGGCUGCAUGUCAAGUCCUGCAGCUGCAACAACGUUUUAGCUGCAAGCCCCUGUGCAGCAGCAAGCAGGGCAUUUGUGCAUCUCUCUGGA